AGAACGAACUCCCGCGAACCGUCUUUGGAAAUCCCACUUUGAUCUUUCGCCUCCUCUUAUAAAAGCCUCCUCACUGCAAAGCCGCCUCUGUGUAAUCCCCUAACCCAUCCCGCCGGGAAAGUCGGGUGUUCCUUUCAGGUGAAAGAGGAACUGGCCUUUUCCACCCUUUGGUGAAGGCGAACAAAGGGCUGCCAUGAGCAUGUGGCUCUCGUGCUUGGCGAGCUGGGCGCGGGAGUUGGGCCCGUUCUCGACGUCCGCGCCCCGUCCCCCUGACGUGGACCCUCUGAGGAGAGGACUGAGGCUGGGGGCCCGAGACGGGCGCGCCUUCUUAGCGCUGAACCGCAGCGGCCUCAGGACUUUUUCUCGGAGGUUAAAACUUUCCGCUGCAGUGCCCACCGCGCGAGGUAUCACGUUGCGUGCAGGGACAAGAAGAAGGAGGCGUGUUUAAGUGCCUGGAGAGCAGGAAGCGGCGCCUCCGACGGAUGGGAACGGAGCGGAGUGAUGCUCAUCCUUCCCCUCCCCGUUAUCCCUGCUGACUAAAGGAAGGACGGAACAAUGUUUGGCUUUCACAAACCGAAGAUGUAUCGCAGUUUGGAAGGUUGCUGUAUUUGCCGGGCCAAGUCUUCAAGCUCCCGUUUCACGGACAGCAAGCGAUACGAAAAGGACUUCCAGAAUUGUUUUGGUCUGCAUGAAGCUCGCUCAGGAGAUAUUUGCAAUGCUUGUGUGCUUCUGGUGAAGAGGUGGAAAAAGCUGCCAGCAGGAUCAAAAAAGAAUUGGAAUCAUGUGGUGGAUGCAAGGGCUGGACCAAGUCUUAAAACAACACUGAAGCCAAAGAAGAUGAAACCUCUACCUAGUAACAGGAUGAAGAGCAAUCAAAUAAGCAAACUUCAGAAAGAGUUAAAGCGACACAACUCUGAUGCUCACAGCACUACCUCAAGUAACUCUCCAGCCCACUCGCCUUGCUAUAGCAACCAAUCUGAUGAUGGCUCAGACACUGAGAUGGCACCGGGUUCAAGCCGUACACCUGUCUUCUCCUUCUUGGAUCUUACAUACUGGAAAAGGCAAAAGGUUUGCUGUGGAAUUAUUUACAAAGGCCGCUUUGGAGAAGUCCUUAUAGACACCCAUCUCUUCAAGCCCUGCUGUCGUAAUAAGCAGCCUGCAGCCGAGAAGUCUCCACCGCCAGUUCCUCCAUCCUCCACCAUUACCAAUCAAGAAGAGUGGUGACUUCCUUAAAGAGGUGCAGAGGGGGACAGAUGACACCUCUUCUGCCAUCUGUUGAAGUGGCCUUCUUUUUACUUUGGAGACCUGCUAUGCUGCCAAAAGACUUAAUUUUUUUUCCCUUUGAACUGUCUGAAGAUUUAUUUUUUUUACUGCAUCAGUUCUACUAAUUCAGAGUCCCUUGAUAUCUUUUCAGAAAAAGACUAAGGAAUAUUGCAAAUGGGCUAGACCACAUAAUGAAGCUGAAAGCUGCUGUGUGUCAUCUUUGUUCAGCCUUGUUCCCACCCUGUUUGUCUCGGAGUGAAUGGCUGGAAGGCUGUUGACCAUGUGGAGCAGGGGUGAUUGCAGCGUAUGGUUAAAAAAAGAGAUGGUGGCCACAGUAGCACAAUCAAAGCUCUGCCUCUUUUUAUGUGUGACAUUGAUAAAAAAGGGAGAAGUGUCUUCCAUUGCAUUAGUAGGGUUGCCAUCUUGACUUUUUUUAAAUCAUACUCUGCAGACACCCCUGAUAUGGAGUAUGUAUUUUUGUCAUAAGCAGUGUUCCUGCCUGGCAUGAUAAAUUUUAGGUAGCCAUUUUUUCUGUCUAUGUGGAGGGGAAACAUAAUGAUGACUCUAAGGUAGUCUUCCCCAGUGUAGUGUCCUUCAUCUAUUCUGCUCUUCCAAUUCUCAGUAUUUGGAGCUUUUAUAUCAGGGGUAUCAAACUGGCGGCCCGCGGACCGGAUGUGUCUCGCACAGGCCACGCCCACCCCAGCUCCGCAAAGGCAAAAAACAUGAUAUGUCAUAUGACAUGAUCUAGUUUGACACCCGUGCUUUAUAUAGUUGGGAAUUCUGGAGUUGAAAGGCUUGUAUUUCCAGAGGGUGGCCAUGUUAGUAAGGCAGAACCAUGGCAUGAAUUUGGAUACUGAAGCUUAUAUAAGACUUCUCUACCAUGUACAUGAUGUAAAGUUUGUGGAGUUCUUAAUUCUUACUACUGAUGCUUCAGCAAUGAUAAAGAUGUUUAACUUGAUCUAGUCUUUCUGGAUAGUAAGAAUGUAUGUGUGAGUAGACAAGUUGCAUUUGACAGGCAAAAGUAGCAAGUGUCAAGGUGGAUCAGACCAAGGGGUGGUACCACUAACUUAAAUCAUAAUUUCCCCCACAAAUAAGAUUGCCGGUAAUUUGUGCAAGGAAACAGUUUCUUCAUAGUAUUUUAGGGUGGGCAACAGGUGGUUCUUCAACUGUUAGAUUGCAGUUCCCACCAUCCUUAACUGUUGGGCAGAUUAGAUGCAGUUGACUGCAGUAGGAGCUCAACAACAUCUGGAGAUCCAUAUAUUAUUUUUCCAACAGAAAAGCCAUAGUAGAAAUGUAUCCUAUUUGCAUAGGGAUUGAACAGUAAUAUGAAGUAAACACAGUGCUAUAAUGACAAAACCUUCUUUAAUUACCAAAUAGGUUUCCCUUGGUAUGAUGCUACAGUACCUUACAGAUAUAAAGCUAUGUCUACUUUUUCAGAGUGGGAACAGCUGUCUAUUAUCCAUUCAUAAUACUAGUUCUUCAAUUGGCCUAUGGGAUUAGAACUAUACCACAUAUUUUAGUAAGCUUUUCCUUUUGUUUGAAAACUUCAAAGGAAAACCAUGUUGACAAAAUUCAGGUUUAGUUCUUUUCAUUCCCUUCUCUCUAUAUAUUUUGAAUUAUAUCCUCCAUAAAUGUGUUUAUAGCAACUGAUGGCAUUCUUAUUUCCACACCAGUAGUUCAGCCUGACUAUUGGUUGGAAAACCAUUGACCAGACUUGCUAGAUAUGACAGGAGCCCAUACACCAGCCUUGAAGAAAUUGAAUUAUGUAAUAUAUUCUUUUAAAACAUUUCACAGAUUUACUGAAUGCCUGCAGAGAGACCUACAUACAGAUUCAUGCAACCUAGCCAUAGUAAAUGUUACUCAUCAUUGUUGAAUCUUUGUCCCAGCUGCUACCCCUCCUGGAAAUUUCAUUUGCCUCUCCUUAUCCAAAAGUGCCUCCAGCUGUUAUAGCUCUUCCUUUGCCCCUCCCAAAAGAAAGCUAGUUAACAUCCCUAAUGAUUACCCCUAAUUUGAUAUCAAUAUCUCAUGUCUCAAAAACUUGAAAAACAAGUUUUCUAGUCCCUUUAGUGACUCCCAAGUCCCUACACAUCCCACCACUGCUUUUAGGCAAUGUCACUGUAGUUAAUUAUUGUGAAAUUCAGUAAGGCUCUUGCCUUAUGCCAGAAUUGCUUCAGAAAUAAGGUAAACUAAAGCAUUAUGAUUCCUGGUUUGGUUUUUUUUUGUUUUUGUUUUUUUACUGAAACUCUUGAUUACCAGGAACAGCUUUCUGUUAAACGUGGCUAAUAGGUGAUUGCCUGCUUUUGGGGAUCAAAAUAAUGGCUUCCUUGCAAGGGUUCUGCUGCUUUCGAUUUUUGUUUUACUUCAUUUGAAUAGCAUGAGAAUUUCGACUUGAUUCUGCAGUGCACUGUUAUGAAUGUGCCUGGGAUUUUUUUAACUGAACAAUGAAAUCUUAGUUGUGCUAUGUCAGACAAAUAUGACUAUAAAACACUGUCUUCCUACUUUUAUAGGGUACCCUUAAUUGCCUUUCUUCUGUCCCUAUCCCCUAUUGUAAAUAGGAGACUUAUUCUAAAGGGAGGAUAAAAUAGUUUUUUUCCCCCCAGACUGACCUAAUGCCUUGGCAGUUUUGCUGAGUUGGUAAACAGUGAAGGAUGCAUGUAGGCAUCUUGAUUAUCUUUGGUUUCUUGGCUGAUACUUUAGAAUUCUAAUCAAUAUUGGUCAACAUUUCUGUGCAUUUACAAUUACAGUAUGAAUUAUAUGUAACUAUAAUAUGGAUCAUCUCUUCUUCUGUAUUUAUUUAUUUAUUACUACUACAGCAGACUGUUCCUCCCUUUCCCUCUUCCUCAAGUAGUAAUGCAAGAUGAAUUGUAUGUAGUUAUGCACUUUUAUCAAUGUAGUAGAAAUCUAUGGAAUCUGUUUUUAUACUUUUUAUAUUGUUCAUAUACUUGUAAUCCAGCCUUUUUUUUAACUAGGGUAACAAGCAAAUAAAUUAAUAAAUAGAUUUAUCUAGGGA